AUGAGCUCCAACAUGGCUGCAGCUGGGCCGGCCACUGUGGCUGCCUCCAGGAAGGAGUCCCCGGGCAGGUGGGGCCUGGGAGAAGAGCCCGCAGGCGCGGGCCCCUCGCUGCAGUGUCGCGUGUGCGGGGACAGCAGCAGCGGGAAGCACUAUGGCAUCUACGCCUGCAACGGCUGCAGCGGCUUCUUCAAGAGGAGCGUGCGGCGGAGGCUCAUCUACCGGUGCCAGGUGGGGGCGGGGAUGUGCCCGGUGGACAAGGCCCACAGGAACCAGUGCCAGGCCUGCCGCCUGAAGAAGUGCCUGCAGGAGGGCAUGAACCAGGACGCUGUGCAGAAUGAGCGCCAGCCGCGGAGCUCGGCCCAGCUGCGGCUGGCUAGCGUGGAGUCAGACCCGGAGCCCCGGCUGGAGCCCCUGGGGCCCCCCCUGGCCCCGGCGGGGCCCAGCCCACGGGGCCCCACGCCUGUUUCUGCAGCCAGAGCCCUGGGGCCUGGGGCCCUCACGCCGCCGGGGCACCACCACUUCAUGGCCAGCCUUAUAACAGCCGAAACAUGUGCUAAGCUGGAGCCAGAGGAUGCCGACGAGAAUAUUGAUGUCACCAGCGAUGAUCCCGAGUUUCCCUCAUCCCCAUACUCCUCCUCGUCGCCCUGUGGCCUGGACAGCAUCCAUGAGACAUCGGCUCGCCUUCUCUUUAUGGCCGUCAAGUGGGCCAAGAACCUGCCCGUGUUCUCCAACCUGCCCUUCCGCGAUCAGGUGAUCCUGCUGGAGGAGGCAUGGAGUGAACUCUUCCUCCUCGGGGCCAUACAGUGGUCUCUGCCUCUGGACACCUGCCCACUGCUGGCCGCGCCCGAGGCCCCCGCUGCUGGCAGCUCCCAGGGCCGGUUGGCACUGGCCAGUGCAGAGAGCCGCAUCCUGCAGGAAACAAUCUCACGGUUCCGAGCAUUGGCAGUGGACCCCACAGAGUUCGCCUGCAUGAAGGCCCUGGUCCUCUUCAAACCAGAAACUCGGGGCCUGAAGGAUCCUGAGCACGUGGAGGCCUUGCAGGACCAGUCCCAAGUGAUGCUGAGCCAGCACAGCAAGGCGCACCACCCCAGCCAGCCUGUGAGGUUUGGGAAAUUGCUCCUGCUUCUCCCGUCUUUGAGGUUUAUCACUUCCGAACGAGUUGAGCUCCUCUUCUUCCGCAAGACCAUAGGGAAUACUCCAAUGGAGAAGCUCCUUUGUGAUAUGUUCAAAAACUGAGGGAGGAGGAAGUAAAUGGGUCCAACUACUUUAGGAAACCGCCUGCUGAAGGCAC